CCCAUUUACACACGGAGACAUCUGGAAGGGAGACACUGGAAAUUCUCUUUUCAUGUCUCAUUCGCGGCCACACGGGCAAAAUUGUUUUCGGCAACAUUUUGACAUUUAAUGCUUUAGCAUCGUCUGGUUCGGAUGUAUUCUAGCACGCGCUUACAUGUAAAGCAGAGAGCGUUCGACAACAGUUUCUUAAAUAUAUGAAUGAAAAAUGCAAACUGGUUAAAUAAUAAAUAAUUUGUUGGUUUUUUUAUUGAAAUAUAUUUAUAAAUUCUUAUACUUGAAUAAAAAAAAUUAAAUUAAAAAUACUUCAUAUGUAAAUAAUUAACUUAAAAUUAAACUGAGUAUCUAGAAAUGCAGGGAAAAAUUAGAAAUCAACAUAAACAUGUCCCAUAACUAUUUUAAAUUAUACUACUUUACUAGCAAAAAUAAUUGUGCAUUUCCCAAGCAGCGUUCGUAUGUUUGUCAUCGUUGUUAUCUUCCGUUUGCUUGAAAACCAACACAUAACUUAGAACUUUCUUCCACGAAAGAAGAAAACGAAUGAAGCAACUGUCAAAAAUUGCUUUAAGAUUGGAAAUACGAAUAAGAAGCACAAAGCGUGUCGCCAGUACAGGAGACAAAUUCCCUUCUCUCUUCCGCGGCCGUCCUUCACCACCGAACAAAAUGUUUCCCUUCCAGAGGAGACAUCGUGUAAAUGGGCACUAAGAAGUAUUGAAAGGAAUUUCUAGCCGCGCUUUCAAACAAAAAGCGCAUCUAGUUAUUCAUAAUUAUUCAUAUUACUCGUGGAAGGCGGUUGUGUUUUUUGUGAUUGUGAAAAGUGUAUUGUGAAAAAAAUCGAGUGUAAAUCAGAAGAUUAUACAUAAAAUAAAAGGAAGGAAAGGAAGGAAAAUAUAACGUGAACUUUAAACAAGAAAUACAAAUUCGAAGGCUUCAAUUUGGGGUGGAAUGUCCCCAUGACGAGCGCUCUGCACCAAAAAAGCCUGCUAUUCCCAAAAAGUUGUCGUCAUCUAAAGGCAGACACGCGGCAAUAAUAGCUGAGUUAAGCGCUAUCCAGAUAUGCCAGGACCAAAUAUUGGCGAAACUGGAUACCGUCGAGACCCGUCAACUGGGCGUUGCUGGCCAAGUAGCUGACAUACAAAGUGCCAUUUUCGAUAAGAUGCCGGAACGUGGUGAGGUGCAAGCGCAAAGUAAGCUGUUGCGCGAAUGCAAAGAGCUGACAGCUAGGGUUCAACAGUCUGUCAGUCGCAUCACCGGGGACGCGGAAAGCGAGGAAUCCAUGGAACUUGCUGCCAUGUUUCCCGUAUUAUCGGUGGAGCAAGUGCAGGCUGUUGAAGCCAAGCUGAUAAAUAAAGCUUACGCCGACGCAAUGAUUGGGCUUCUGGCAAGAUCAAAAGGCACGAAAGGGACGGUUGACGGGGUUAUGCGUUAUCUUUUCACAGAUGACGCCAUGUACAGCUUCAACUUAGAAGGAAGAGCAGGAAAGAUACCACUUCUUAGACUUAAGGCGGUUGAACUUAUAUUUGACCUCUUUUCAGAAAAAACAAAAGAAGAUGUAGAAGGCGCUAUUAGGAAGUAUGUUCGUUUAAGCCACAAUAGGUCUAACCAAAAAAAAAUAUAUUAACAGAAAAACUUCAAAUGUGUAAAUGUGUAAAUAUGUAAAAUCUUUAAAUAUGUAAAAUCUUGAAAUGUGUAAAUGUGUAAAUAUGUAAAAUCUUUAAAUAUGUAAAAUCUUGAAAUGUGUAAAUGUGUAAAUAUGUAAAAUCUUUAAAUAUGUAAAAUCUUGAAAUGUGUA